CUAUAAUCUUUUGAACAAUGUUACCAUAGAAACCAUAAGAGCAUCUGCCAAAAGUAAAUAUUUGGACAAAGAUAAAUCUGCGGAGGUCCCUCAAAGAGACUGAAAGGAAAUGGAGAAACUCCAACUGGAAGAGAAGUCUGGUGCUAGCAACACUGUGACAUCACUGGAAGAGAACCAAAUCUGCACGACCCCAGGUGAAGCUGCGGAUGAUCCCAGCAAUGGACAGCAGGUUCAGCUCACCCAGAGCCUGCAGAAGAAACAUCGUUGUGACAAAUGUCUGAAACAUUUCAGCCGGAAGGGGAAUCUGAAAAUUCAUCAACUCAUUCACACUGGUGAAAAGCCUUACAGCUGCAGUCAUUGUGAGAAGAGAUUCAAAGAUUCCUCUAGUCUAAAGAUUCAUCAGCGAAGUCACACUGGUGAAAAGCCUUAUAGUUGUGAUCAGUGUGAGAAGAGAUUCAAAGAUUCCUCUGGGCUAAAGAUUCAUCAGCGAAGUCACACAGGUGAAAAGCCUUAUAGUUGUGAUCAGUGUGAGAAUAGAUUCAAACAUUCCUCUGGGCUAAAGAUUCAUCAGCGAAGUCACACAGGUGAAAAGCCUUAUAGUUGUGAUCAGUGUGAGAAUAGAUUCAAACAUUCCUCUAGUCUAAAGAUUCAUCAGCGAAGUCACACUGGUGAAAAGCCUUAUAGUUGCGAUCAGUGUGACAAGAGAUUCAAAGGUUCCUCUGGGCUAAUGUAUCAUCAGCGAAGUCACACUGGACAAAAAGCCUCAUCCACAUAAAAAAGAAGGAACAUCUGCAACUGUGAGGGAAUUUAUUUCUCUCCUCCUCUCUUCUAUCUCUACGCCGGUAACAGUCGAUGCUGUCUGUAGCAUUUAUAUCAAUAAUAAUAACAAGCAUGCAAAAAAA